AAGGGCCCCAUUUGUCUGAAGGCCUAUGAGGGUCUCCUGCUGCUGUCAGGUCUCCAGUCUGGACCCUCGGGGGACAUCCUGUCCAGUCAGACCCUGCUGGGGGAGCUGCUGGUGGGGAAACUGCUGGAGCUGUACUCCGCGCUGCCGCUGGAGGGCCUGGACCCUGGACAGUUGCUUCACACGAGAGUUUUCUUUUCUCGUGUGGUGUUGACUGGUUGGUGUCCCACGUUGGCGGACGUGAACGUUCGUCCGUCUCGUACCCAUCUCCGUUUCUGUCUCCGUUCCAGGUCUGAGCAGAUCAUCUGGCUCUCCACCUCCAUGCUCUGUGCCGUGGUCAGACUGGUCCAGUCCGCCUCUCUGUUGGACCAACUGGUCCACUUCCUGUUGAGGACGCAGACGGUGACACGCCUGCUGUUGGAGCGCUGCGACCACAUCUCAGACCAGAUCAGCAUGGCGUCUCUGUCUCUGCUGGAGGAGUUACUACAGAAGCCACACAGGGACAUUCUGAACAUCCUGGUAUUGGACUAUCUGCAGAGGCAGACCUAUUUGUCUCCACAGUCUUCUGGUGUGGACGACAGAGGCGCUGAAGACAGGGAGGACAGCGAUGACCUCGAGGACGACCCCUUCUUCACAGACAACCUCUUCUCCAACACCCAGACCCUUCAUCCUCCCCCUUCCCCUCCUCCCCUCUCUGGACCCGGGUCACCGGCUGAUGUCAUCAACAGUUUCCUCUGCCUCGUUCCUGUCCAGGUUCGAUCGGCUCAGCUGAUAAAGGAGGGAGGAUACGAGUCAUAUGUUCAUGAUGCUCAUACAUUG